CCCACGUGUAUCUGGUCACGGCCUUGAUUUCUUUACUAUGACAUACCCUUUUUAUUGUCGGAAUUCAUACCAUUUUACAGCGUCCUGUAUAUAGGACGCGCUUCAUUUUGGCGUUUAAUUAUCAUCGGUAGAUUGGGGGCUCUAAAAGGGUCUAUUUACGUAUAACUGGGAUUGAAGAAAAAAGCAAACUGUCUAUAUACCUGUGAUCAAACAAAAACAUAAAGCAUGACUUCUGCAUUUGUGUGUGCCAUUUUGCUUAGCGUCAGGUUACUUGCAUCUGCACAGAACAUUCAGAUACAAGCCCUCCCGCCGACUGUCAAUUACGGGGAGAAUGAUUUGGUCAUCGUGUGUUCCAUCACCAACCCUUCACAACUUGCUGCAGUGUACUUCAUAGAGCUACAGAGGAACUCUAGUACAUUGUUUGAUGGUGUAGUGUCAGUAGUUACAGGACAAACAUCACCAAUACAAUGGAAGGACUUUGCAUUACGGAACCGGGCCUCUGCCACUGCGAGCAUAGACCCUCCAAGCACUGCACAACUGAGAUUGACAAUAGACAAAAACAGUGUACAGUGUCCUUCUGACUUUAAGAUGUACAUGUGUAGAAUGUCUGGCUUUAGUUCUAUUGCAUCUGAAGCAGUCACACAGGAGACAAGUCCAAUCAUAAUUUCCUACAUUGUGAAGCCAGCUGUAAUUGAAGUGCCCCGGGUGAAGAUCCUGAAUGAGCUCUAUGAUACGCCAGAUCGACAGUUUCCUGUUGGAACUGCGAUAACAUUAACCUGUCAAGGACAGGUAGGAAGUGACGGAAGCAACACUAUCAGAUGGUGCGCCCAAAAGACCAAUGAAAUCAUGUUCACCGGAUUGCCCCAGACCCCGAUCAACUCAGAGGCCUCUCUAUCAGGGUGUCAGUACACAAGGUCCAGUACCAUCACAUACAACCUGACCAGUCAAGACACCUUUACAAAGUUCUUAUGCGAGUCAGGAGAUACCGGUUUGUGUGGGACGGGGACCGCCAUACAAUAUGUCAACAUCAGCACUACUGUUACAGAAGGGUCCUCUACCACCAGUGCUCCUUCAACAGAUGAUUUGUCUCCUAGUCCCAGUAUUCCAACGACAGAUGCAUCUAUCCAGAACAUACAUAUACAAGCCUUCCCACAGACAGUUAAUUACAGGGAGAAUGAUUUGGUGCUCGUGUGUUCCAUCAUUAACCCUUCACAACUCAAUGCAGUGUACAACAUAGAGUUACAGAAAAACUCAAGUACAACAUUUGAGACUAUUGUAUCAGUAGCUACUGGGCAAACACCAUCAGUACAAUGGAAGGACUUUGCAUUACGGAACCGGGCCACUGCCACAGGGAAUAUAGACUCUCCAAGCACUGCACAAUUAAGAUUAUCUAUAGACAAAACCAGCGUGCAAUGUCCUAACGAUUUCAAGAUGUACAUGUGUAAAUUUUCUGGAUACAACUCCUAUUCAGAGAAGAGUGUCACACAGGAGACGAGUCCUAUCACCAUAUCUUACAUUGUGAAGCCAGCUGUAAUUGAAAUGCCCCGAGUGAAGAUCCUGAAUGAGCUCUAUGAUACGCCAGAUCGACAGUUUCCUGUUGGAACUGCGAUAACAUUAACCUGUCAAGGACAGGUAGGAAGUGACAAAAGCAACACUAUCAGAUGGUGCACCCAAAAGACCAAUGAAAUGAUGUUCACCGGAUUGCCCCAGACCCCGAUCCACUCAGAGGCCUCUCUAUCAGGGUGUCAGUACACAAGGUCCAGUACCAUUACAUACAAUCUGACAAGGGAUGACACCUUUACAAGGUUCAUGUGCGAGUCUGGAGAUACCGGUUUGUGUGGGACGGGGACCGCCAUACAAUAUGUCAACAUCAGCACUACUGUUACAGAAGGGUCCUCUACCACCAGUGCUCCUUCAACAGAUGAUUUGUCUCCUAGUCCCAGUAUUCCAACGACAGAUGCAUCUAUCCAGAACUUACAUAUACAAGCCUUCCCACAGACAGUUAAUUACAAGGAGAAUGAUUUGGUGAUCGUGUGUUCCAUCAUUAACCCUUCACAACUCAAUGCAGUGUACAACAUAGAGUUACAGAAAAACUCAAGUACAACAUUUGAGACUAUUGUAUCAGUAGCUACUGGACAAACACCAUCAGUACAAUGGAAGGACUCUGCAUUACGGAACCGGGCCACUGCCACAGGGAAUAUAGACUCUCCAAGCACUGCACAAUUAAGAUUAUCUAUAGACAAAACCAGCGUGCAAUGUCCUAACGAUUUCAAGAUGUACAUGUGUAAAUUUUCUGGAUACAACUCCUAUUCAGAGAAGAGUGUCACACAGGAGACGAGUCCUAUCACCAUAUCUUACAUUGUUAAGCCAGCUGUAAUUGAAUUGCCCCGAGUGAAGAUCCUGAAUGAGCUCUAUGAUACGCCAGAUCGACAGUUUCCUGUUGGAACUGCGAUAACGUUAACCUGUCAAGGACAGGUAGGGAGUGACAAAAGCAAUACUGUCAGAUGGUGCGCAAAAAGGGUCAGUGAAUUCAGUUUCACCGGAUUGGCCCAAACCCCGAUCCACUCAGAGGCUUCUCUAUCAGGGUGUCAGUACACACGGUCUAGUACUAUCACCUACAAGUUGAAUGACGUAGACACCUUUACACAGCUUUUGUGCGAGUCCGGGUAUUCUGGUUUGUGCGGAACAGGAACAGCAAUUCAAUAUGUCAACAUCAGCAUUACUGUUACAGAAGGGUCCUCUACCACCAGUGCUCCUUCAACAGAUGAGGGAUCUUCCACCAUCAAUGCACCUACGACAGAUGAUGCGUCCGAAAACAACGAUACUCUUACAACAGAUUUUUCAGGCACAUCAGCUUCCGGUACCAUCGCUGGAGGAAUCACUGUACUCGUUCUACUCAUUCUUCUUGUCGUCUAGUUCCUGUCUAUUUGUAAAUACACCGAUCAGCAACUUUUUUAACAAACAAAAGACUUUACAGGCCAAGUUAUACCGUGAACUUGAAUCAGCUAUACUAUUCCUAUAGCUUACAUUAUGAAGAGUUUUAUACUGGAUUAUUUUGAUAUUUGUGUUAAAUAUAAAUAUAUAUAAAAUUAUGAUAUCUAUAAUUAUUGCUAAAAAUUGUCUUUCAUGUACAAUUGUGCUUAUUUAUAACCACAUUUGGAUUACUUUCUUUAGUUUAUGGGAAUGAUAAAUACCUUUAAAAAUCGCAACAUUUUUUAACAUAAAUAGUUAAAAAUAUGACGUUUUCUGAUUUCGUCUAUUAACCUGUUAAGUCAUGUACUUGAUAGACCAUAAUUAAUCACCUAAUUGUAAUUUUCUACGGAUGUUUUUUUCUCGAUUACAACUUAUAGCACACGGCGGAUGUGACAUGUCGGUAGUGGAUGCUCACUCCUCCAAAUUAGCUGAUCCUACCUCUAACUUUUUGAGAGGUGCUACUGUUUUGUAUUUUUCCUUUGGAUUUUUUAUUUCGAACACUUUCGUUAUUACCACAUGUCAUUUUUUACAGUCUGAUUUCUUAUAAGGGCAUGGUCAUGAUCUUAGGUCAUGAUCUUAGUUUUUAAAAAAAUCUGUUUUAAAUAUUUACAAAGUAAGGCAUUUCAAUAUAUAGUCAACCAAUAUUUGAAUGUCAGUCGUCGGGUUAUGAGCGAGAUACAGAGCUCACUUUACACUCAUUGCAUGAUGUCCUGGAUAUAUGAAGACUUAAUUCCCCAAGAAAAAUCAAUUUGAAUAAAUCUUCAUAUCCCCGAGGGUAUUUGACUUUUCUGGGGCGAUUAAAUCUUCAUAUUUCCAGGAAAAUAAACGUUUUAUUACACCGAACAACAGAUGAUUACACAAAAUAUGUCCAUUUCAAUUUUGUUGACUUUUAUUUCGAAAGCAAUAACGUCGCGUUAUUUCGCCUCAUUAAAAUUCGCCCUUGACGUUUAGGCGGGUAUGAUUGUGACAUUGAUUGCAAAACAAAAAUAAAUCUGUACAUUCUG